UUCCGUUCGUCCUCAGUGCAGGGCAACAGGACUUCGGGAUCAAGAUGGUGGCAGCAGCUGUGUUGCUACAGUGCUGCCCAGUGCUUGCCCGAGGUCCCACAAACCUCUUGAGUAAAGUGGUCAAGGCUCAUCCAUUCCUAUUUGGUAGUGGACGCUGUCCCAUCCUGGCCACCCAAGGACCAACCUGUUCUCAAAUCCAUCUUAAGACAACCAAAGCUGGAGGAGAUUUGAAAUACAUUAUUUUCAUUCCCAUUUCUACUCCUGCAGGAGACCAUGUCUUUGGUUAUGAUCAAUUCUUUAGAGAUAAGAUCAUGGAAAAGAAACUGGACCACACUUACCGUGUAUUCAAGACUGUGAACCGCUGGGCUGAUGCAUACCCCUUUGCGCAACACUUCACCGAUGCAUCUGUGGCCUCAAAGGAUGUGUCUGUUUGGUGUAGUAAUGAUUACCUGGGCAUGAGCAGGCACCCUCGGGUCUUGCAAGCAACACAGGAGACCCUGCAACAUCAUGGAGCUGGAGCUGGUGGUACCCGCAAUAUCUCAGGCACCAGUAAGUUUCAUGUGGAGCUUGAACAGGAGCUGGCUGAACUGCACCAGAAGGAUUCAGCCCUGCUCUUCUCUUCCUGUUUUGUGGCCAAUGACUCUACUCUCUUCACAAUGGCCAAGAUCCUGCCAGGAUGUGAGAUUUACUCAGAUGCAGGCAAUCAUGCUUCCAUGAUCCAAGGCAUUCGCAAUAGUGGAGCAACCAAGUUUGUCUUCAGACACAAUGACCCUGAUCAUCUGAAGAAACUUCUAGAGAAAUCUAAUCCUAAAACACCCAAAAUUGUGGCAUUUGAGACUGUUCAUUCCAUGGAUGGUGCCAUCUGUCCCCUUGAAGAGUUGUGUGAUGUAGCCCACCAGUAUGGGGCCCUGACCUUCGUGGAUGAGGUCCAUGCAGUAGGGCUGUAUGGGUCCCGAGGUGCUGGGAUUGGGGAACGUGAUGGAAUUAUGCACAAGAUUGACAUCGUCUCUGGGACUCUUGGCAAAGCCUUUGGCUGUGUGGGUGGCUAUAUUGCCAGCACUCGCGACUUGGUGGACAUGGUGCGCUCUUAUGCUGCUGGCUUCAUCUUUACCACUUCACUGCCCCCCAUGGUGCUCUCUGGGGCUCUGGAAUCUGUGCGUCUGCUCAAGGGAGAAGAGGGCCAGGCCCUGAGGAGGGCCCACCAGCGGAAUGUCAAGCACAUGCGCCAGCUACUAAUGGAUAAGGGCCUUCCUGUCAUCCCCUGCCCCAGCCACAUCAUCCCCAUUCGGGUGGGUGAUGCAGCACUCAACAGCAAGAUCUGUGAUCUCCUACUCUCCAAGCACAGUAUCUACGUGCAGGCUAUCAACUACCCAACUGUCCCCCGAGGUGAGGAGUUGCUGCGCCUGGCACCUUCCCCCCAUCACAGCCCACAGAUGAUGGAAAAUUUUGUGGAGAAGCUGCUGGUAGCCUGGACUGAAGUGGGACUGCCUCUGCAAGAUGUAUCUGCUGCGGCCUGCAAUUUCUGCCGCCGCCCAGUGCACUUUGAGCUUAUGAGUGAGUGGGAGCGUUCCUACUUUGGGAACAUGGGACCCCAAUAUGUCACCACCUACGCCUGAUAUGCUAGCUGCCUUGGAUGGCUACCCUACCUGCACUUCCCUUGAGGCUGGGCCUCCUCUCUCCUCAGCUUUGUUGUGUGCCCCUAGCUGAUUUGAAUCUGAAAAUAAAGAGCAAACUGCAGCCUU